AUGCAUAAUUAUGUCCACAGUCGCCUCAUCAGCCUCGAAGAUGAAGAUCUCAAGAGCUAUCUCGCCACUAAAAUCCAGGAAAAGUCCUCGGAAAUCUUUCUCUGGACUUAUCUUGUUGUCAAGACAAUACGGAACAAAGUGACGCACAAGGCCACUAGCGAGAUGUUACGAAAACAUCUCAACACUUUGCCUAGAGGCCUCGCGUCACUUUUUGAUCACAUCCUUCAGCAACUUGAGCCAGAAGAUGCGAGAAAGACUCUCUGGAUUAUAGAUGCACUUCAAACUGCCAAAUCGAACGGAUCGACGCUACUGUUACUCACAUUCUCCCUCCUCCUGGACGAAUACGAUGUAGACUCGGCAUUCUCAUUACGUGACGGUCUUGAGUAUGAGCCCAUCCCAGACGAGGAAAUUCUCCAGGUGCUUGUGGCGGAUUGAUAGAAAGCCAUGGGGGCACCCGUCACGGGAGUCUGAAGGUUCUUGAGUUUGUUCAUCGAUC